UAUCAAGUGCUUAACAGGGACACGUGUCAUGAUCCAACCCUUCCCGAGUAUACAUAGUGUGCGGAGAUGGGAGUCAGAUAUCAUUAACUGUCUUGUUUACCUUUCUCAUAACUCCGAGUUUAUCUACAAGCUUCAUUUUCCAUUCAGUUCUCCAAAAAAACGGACCUGAUUUUGUUACGAAAAAGGUUUUGUUUGGCGCAUUGCUUUCCUUUUAUAUGCUAGUAUCAUCGAGACCCCUGGUCGAGAAGAAAAUAUUUGGUUAUCGUCCAGAGAUCGAUUUUUGGCUUGUUUGUUAUUCCAAAAGUCUAGUUGGCGAUGGACUAUCGCCCUUAUUGGAGAGUAUCCACGCAACUGAAGCCAAUGUUAAUUUCUGGCUCAAGCAACGCGCAAUUGUCUAUCUCUCCCUCAUCCUAAAAGAAAUCAUCAAUCUCCUUGAAUCGAACCAAAAGAAGCUAUUAAUCCCCUUGAAUCAAUAUGCUUUUGGGAAUGGGUGAAAAGACAGACGUCGAAUCGACUCCAAAUGGAAGAAUAGCGAUUGUUGCCAACAAGACUGGAGUAGCGGAAGAUCCGAGAAGAUUGGUUGACCUCAAUUAUGAAUAUGAGAGGGGGUCUGGGAGGGUCAUAGUUGACCCUGCAGAAGCGGAAAUCGAACUUGGCAAGUCAUUGGCGUCCCAACUUAAACUUGACAAGACCGGGAAGGUCGUCUUAUGGCCUCAGCCGAGCGCCGAUCCCAACGAUCCUCAAAAUUGGUCUGACAGCCGAAAGUUGAAAAAUCUGGUCAUUUCUACAAUGGCCGCUUUUAUACCCGACUUCAACAGCGGGAUAGGAGUAGCUUGUCUCUUCCCUCUAGCUAGGGAAUACAGGACUACACCAGGAGAGAUAAAUAAUGUUUCUUCCAAUUGGUCAAUCUUCCUACUGGGACCUGGAGGCCUCAUCGCCGUCAUGUUAGCAAAGCGUUAUGGCCGACUUCCAGUUCUAUUUUGGUCCCAGUUUUUCGGAUUAGCUUUUUUAAUUGGCUGCACCUUCGCGCCAAAUUUAAAAACCUUUGCCGCUAUGCGCUGUUUGAACGCGUUCUUUGCAACUGCUCCGCAAACCACGGGGCUUCUUGCUGUGACCGACAUGUACCCGUUUCAUUUACAGGCGCGAAUGCUGAAUUUUUGGAGUGCUGGUUUUCUAGUAUCACCGUACAUGUCUCCUUGGCUCUUCGGCUAUCUCGUCGAAAAGAUUAAUUACCGUUGGGCAUACGCGAUUGGCUGCUUCUAUGGAAUCUUUGUCGUCGUUCUCAUUGCAUUGUUUGCCGAAGAGACAAUUUAUGAUCGAUAUCUAACAUCGCAAGCAGAUACUCCCGCGGGAACCUCUUCCACCCCAAGAUUGAAAACUCUGGUGGGGAUUAGCGGGUACAAAGCAGCUGAUCUCAGAUGCUCUUGGAGGCAAGCAAUCAUGCCUACCUUUCAACUUUUGACCAAACCACAUUGUUUAGCUCUCCUCGUUUACAUGGGUAUAAUUUUUGGUUUUGCUAUUGGAAUUAACGUAACCAAUGUCGUCUUCACUUCCUCACCUCCUCCGCUGGGCUACGGACUAUCACAAGUUGUUGUCGCAUCACUUUAUGCCACUCCAGUAGUCGCAGUCUUCAUGGGAGAAGUCGCUGGUAGAUACCUGAAUGAUAAGACGGUUUCUUUUUUGACUGCGCGAAAUCAUGGGGUUUUUGAGCCAGAAAUGAGACUGUGGACUUUAUACCUUGGAAUACCGCCGAUUGUAGUGGGAUUCGUCGUACUUGGUGGAGCAUUUCAGUACAAGUGGAAUCUAGUGGCAGUUGUGUUUGGCUGGGGUAUGGCCGAAGUGGGCAUCAUGAUUACGACAGUAGCGACAUUAAACUAUUUAAAUAAUUCAUUCUUUUUCCCUGGCGAAAUCUCAGCACUAAUGAGUCAGGCAAGAGUUCUAGGCGGUUUCGCGGUUCCAUAUUUUCAAAUUGAUUGGGCUGCCAAACAAGGAGCGCUUCAAUCAUUUGGGUGUGAAGCAGCUAUACAGGCAGGCUUGUUUUUAUUAGUUGUACCCUUGGUCCAAAUCAAAGGAGAAAAACUAAGAUCAAGGUACUAUCUCAAACCAGAAGUUCCAAAUUACUCCAAAGCUUUGUCAGAGAAAAACCAGGAUUGUUUGUAAUAGAUUAAAAAAAGUUUAGUUGGAUCUUCUGCCUUCAACAGGCACUUCCCUAAUUGCCUUUGAAACCUGAUUUCUUAUUCUUUUUAAUUUUCCCUUUAUUUUUGGUGAUGGGAAGA